AUGGCUCUUAGUGAAGGAUUUUGCCUUGGGAAUUCUUCUUCUACUAAAAACAAUAAUGUUGUGCAACCAAAAUUCUACAAGAUAAUAUUGUUCCAAGACGAAAGCAUCCGUCUGAGGAUUCCGAAAGGCUUUGUCAAAAGAUGUUGCAACAACAUUUUAAACCCUGUGUAUCUUGAGGUUCCCAGUGGACAAGUAUGGGAGGUUGAAGUGCAACAUUCUCAAGGUCAAAUUUGGCUUACCAAAGGAUGGCAGGAUUUCUGUGACUAUUAUUCGAUAAGCUGUGGUCACUUUUUGAUGUUCGGAUACAAUGCUCGUUCACAUUUUAAUGUCACUAUAUUUGAUUUGAGUGCAGCAGAAAUUGAAUAUCCAUAUAGUUUACGCACUUUCCAUUGCCAUGAAACACACCAUGCACCAGAAACUGACCUGUCCGAGUCGAAUUAUUCUGUUGAUAUCCUAGAAGAUAUUCCAAGAAACCACAAAUUGAAAGAAAAAGUUCCUGAUAUGAUUGAUCAUUCUGUUGAAAACCUAGGCGAUGGACAGUUCAGCAAAAGGAAAAGGCACGAAGAUGAUGUAGCUUCACCUUCUUUCACAAGAGAGGGCCAAAACUGCAGGAUUCACAAGCAAGAAUCCAAGAGUGUUUACGAUCAGAACAAGACGGUAAUGGAUAAAGAGAGCACUACAGCAUAUCAACAAGCAAAAACUUUUAAAUCUAAGAAUCCGUUCAUUAUAGUUUUUAUGCAACCAUCAUAUGUCGCUGCUCCAUUCAAUCUGUCCAUAGCGUCGAAGUUUGCUAGGAAGUAUUUCCUUGAGAACGAUGGCAAUCUAGUGCUUCGUGUUCCAGGAAGUGGAUCUUGGUCUGUCAAAUGCACUAUCGGAACAGCAAAUGCUAAAGUUGGUUCUGGUUGGAAGGCAUUCGUGUUAGAAAAUAAGUUAAAAGUUGGAGAUGUUUGUGUAUUUGAAGUGCUCAAGGGACAGCUCUUUGUAGAUGUCAUAAUAUUUCGUGCAGCUGGGAGCACACUUAUGCACGAUAUUGAUAUUGUUGAUGUUGAUAAUCACUUGGCUGCCGUGAAAAUGUUGAAGAUAUAA